CAGAAGUUUAUUCCUACAAGCAAACUGUGUGUAUACAAGUGUAUGCAAGUGUAUACAAACUUUACUGUCCCGUAUCAGCAUACUUCCAAACUAGCAGUGUACGACUGGUCACUCGUGCACAUCACGGGAACAAGCAUAUUAUUAUAUCUACAUUAGCACGUGAUAUAACAUUUCAUAGCACUAUGGCUUCAGUUAUCCCCACAUCCGGACCUGGGUCCCUCAAGUGCCCAUACUAUGCACCGUUUUUCGGUGCAAUGGGUGCUGCCGCCGCAAUGGUGUUCACAGCGUUCGGCGCCGCCUACGGGACAGCAAAGUCGGGCACUGGCAUUUGUUCGAUGGCUGUUAUCCGACCUGAUCUUAUUAUGAAAUCGAUUGUACCUGUGGUUAUGGCGGGUAUUAUCGGUAUAUACGGAUUGGUGAUUUCUGUACUGAUUGGAAAUUCGAUGGCUGCGUCAAACUACCCGCUCUACGAAGGAAUGCUCGACUUGGGAUCCGGACUAUGCGUUGGUCUAUCAGGACUCGCUGCCGGCACCGCUAUCGGAAUUGUGGGUGACUCAGGUGUCCGUGGAACUGCGCAGCAACCUAGAUUGUUCGUAGGAAUGAUUCUAAUUCUCAUUUUCGCUGAAGUACUCGGGCUGUAUGGUAUGAUCGUAGCUAUCAUUUUAAAUACCGCUACCUCCGGUUUGGACUGUGGUCACGCCGCGUAAAGAUUUCUAUUAGUAAUAAAUGUCAGCAAAGACUUCCAGAUAGUGUA